GGCAGUUGGCCAUUUCAAGGUCUGAAAUAUUUUAUCAAAGCGAAUAUUCAGUUGGACUUGUUAAUUUGAAGCCUAUCACAAAGUAAACUUAUUGAACAGCCUAGACAUUGCUAAAGCUGAGCUGCUUUAACCAGAUUAGUAUUCAUAUAAAAUUUUAGUGGACGUAUGUAUCUACUGCAAAGCCUCAACAUCAUAUAUACGCGUACUUACAAUCUCAAUGAAAUAGAUGUUCUAGUCUUACCAAAACGCGUCGUUCCCAGAUAUUCAAUGCUAUCAGUAGAAGAGAUCAGUGAUUUGACCAUUUCAGCAAAGUUAAUAACAGAUAUGCUGAAGAAAGAAUAUCCGCACGCUCAGGAUAAUAUAAUAUGGCUAAUUCAGGACGGGAAAGAAGCAGGCCAAACGGUAUUUCAUGUACAUCUGCAUAUAAUACCUCAACAGUUUUCUGUACUAAAGGGAAUUGAUUCUGUGGAUAGACCAUCCAGAAGUUAUGAAGAAAUGAAAGUAGAAGCAGAAAAAUUCAGAUCAAAAAUAAUCCAGCAUUUCUAAUUCGAAGACCUUAUCAGAUUCUAAAAUAAGCCUCCAUAAUUACGAAAUAAAGACAACCCUCACUCAUACGAGUGAACUAUAUUGAUGGAUAGUUACAGAUUAUUCUCAUUGUAAUGCGUACAUUUUCGAUGAUGCGCGUUUUUUCCUUUUAAUGGGAAUAAAGGGGAUCAAAUAUCUUGUGGCCAAACUCCGUCAAGAUUGAAAAAUUUCAACAAUUAGAGGAAAUCAAAAAACUUGUUGCUGUAAUAAUAUAAACUUAC